AUGGCCUUUUUCGUUACGGCUUGGACUGCCCUGCUGUGGCUAGCCUCAGCAACUGGAUUCGACCCGACCAAACCGUUCUACAUUCCGAACCAAUCCAUCGAUCUGCUGGUCGCUUUGGGCGAAUACAACAAGAACUGGAAAGGAGUGGAGAGGAUCAACAGCCCGGCGCCCCUCAAUCUCACCAACACCUUCGCCUUCUCGCGCAACAGACUGGCCUAUGUGCUUGAAGGGGAUGAUCGAGAUUUAAGGUUGCCCCAUUCCGCAUUCAGGCAAGUGUCAGAUUUUUUAUUAUCAUCUACAGAAUUCACUAUCGUCGCCAUGUUGAAGCAGUUCCCUAGAAAUCCCGGGACGAUCGUCUCUUUCUCGCACGGCGCUAACAGAUCAUUGGAGAUCCAAUCGAGCGGUAGACUGAACGAAUUGAGGUUGUACUACACGAGCGGAGCCACCGCCUAUUCGGAGACCUUUCCUUACUAUUUGGCCGAUGAUAAUUGGCACAAAUUGGCGGUGACGAUCAGCGGCCUGCAGGUGGAGGUCUUCGUCGAUUGCAGGUCGCUGUUCAAGCGGAUGUUGAAGAUCGCCGUGCCGGACAAUAAUUUCCCCAAGCAGCCUCAUUUGUGGAUCGGGCAGGGCGUCAGCCGGAGCUUUUUUAAGGGUAUCCUGGAGGAAUUGAAGGUGAUCCGAGGUCCUCACGGUUAUUUGGCGUUGUGUCCACACGCCGAUUCCGUUUGUCCGACUUGCGGACAAUUCCAGAACCUGGAAGAGACCGUCAAAGAGCUGUCGCGACAUCUUAAGGAACUUUCCAAAAGGCUAGUGGAAGCUGAAUCUCGUGUGAGUAAAUUAGAAGAAUGCGAUUGUCGAAUAGCGUGCCAUUUUAAUGACACCGUACACGAAGAUGGCGCCAAAUGGCAAACCGGCUGUGAUGUAUGUUCGUGUGUGCGUGGUGAAGUAAAGUGUCGUCCGAUACUUCCAGAAUGUCCCAAAUUGCCCUGCAAACAUCCAGUGAAUAUUACUGGGAUGUGUUGUCCCGUUUGUUUGAGAGAAUGUUCGUUGCAAGGUAAAUUGUACGAUCACGGUGAAGUGGUGACGGUGAAGAAAUGCUCGGAAUGCAGAUGCAUCGAUGGUUCGAUGAAAUGCGCCAAAAUGGACGAAAGCAACUGUCCCAAAUUGAAUUGCCCCGAAAAGGACCAAUACAGCGUUCCGGAGCAAUGCUGUAGAAUGUGUCCAGGUGUCGAUCACUGCGCCAAAGGGAACUUUUGUCAUGCUAACGCUUCCUGCCUUAAUUUACAAACUACUUACGCUUGUCAAUGCGACCAAGGUUUUCAAGGGGACGGCAAACUCUGCAUCGAUACGAACGAGUGCAAGCGAGAGGGCGGCCUCGACGGCCAUCAUUGUCACCAAAACACCGUCUGCGUGAACACGCCCGGUUCGUACGUGUGCGAAUGUCUACCGGGCUACAGGCGCAUCGAUCGCUUCAAUUGCGCCGAAUUGGACGAGUGCAGCACCGGCGAGCACAAUUGCGACGUCAACGCGCGCUGCAUCAACACCAGAGGCAGCUAUCAUUGCUCCUGCAAGGAGGGAUACACCGGCGACGGUUACACCUGCCAACCCGUGUGCGAGUACAAGUGCAUCAACGGCGGCGUGUGCACCAGCCCGGGCAAAUGCAGCUGCCUGCAGGGCUACACGGGCAGGAGCUGCGAAUUGGACCUCGACGAAUGCGCCACCGACGCCCAUCGAUGCUCCAACUCCUCGACGUGCGUCAACAAAAUCGGCUGGUACUACUGCGAAUGCAAGCCCGGCUACAAGAACGACUACAAAGACAAUAAUCUAGGACUAGUCUGCGAAGAUAUCAACGAAUGCAACAGCAGCCUUCACACCUGCCAUCCGUCGGCCCAAUGCAGGAACACCGAGGGUAGCUACGAAUGCGAAUGUCCACCGAACAGGCCGGACUGCAAGCUCAGCUGCAAGUUCGAAGAGCAGGAAUGGCCCGACGGUUGGCGCGGCAACUUGUUCGACAAACCCUGCCAGGAAUGUAGCUGCGAUCGGGGCGUGCUCACCUGCGAGGAAAUCAAGUGCAAUUGCAGCCAGCCGAAGAUGUCCAACGACGAGUGCUGUCCGCAGUGCAACCCGCUGUACAGCUGCCGCCACCAGGAGCUCCGGCACGUGGUGUUCAACCACGGCGACCAUUGGACGUUCCAGUGCAGGACGUGCGAAUGCCAGAGGGGCGAGAUCGAUUGCUCGGCGAUGGCGUGUCCGCCGCUGGUGUGCGACGAUCCGGUGAAGAAUCCGGAGGAUUGUUGCGGCCAUUGCGAGGGGGAUCCGUGCUCGUUCGGGGCGGGGAAUUUCACCCAAGGCGACGGGCAAUCGUGCACCUACGCCAACAGGGUGGUGCCGUCGGGAUCGCAGUUCAACGAUCCGAACGAUAGGUGUACCACGUGUAAUUGUAAGGUGCCGUACUGCGCAGAACUGGACGGGACGUUAUGCUGCCAUUAUAAUAACCUUUGCGGCGGUUAUCCAGAACCAGUGGGAUACGGCGGCGUGGUGGCGGCUAAAAAUGUACAUUCGACAAGUGACAGUGACAAUGUUAAACAAUCUAAUCAUCGUCAAUUGGCUGCUCACAGUGUUGGACCCUACAGGGUCGAGACUGAAAGAAAAGGGCGGUCGAAAAGGGCGAUCGAAAAGGGAGCCGGUUGA